GUGGGUUGAGUUUGAAGUGCGCGAGAGUCGGUUGCUGCUUGGAAUCGUCCACAAUGGCCGACUACAUAAGCAAAGCCAUGAGCUUUGCUGAAAAUGCAGCCAAGCUAUCUCAAAAAGUAUCCCAAGGCCUGGUGGAUAAUGCCAUUGAAAUUGGAUUACCUGGAGGCGAUGCUGGAGCGCAAUACUUUGAUACUUCCGAAGAAAAGAUGAGAAACAUUCGCAGACAGCUUGAUUCAAGGAAUGACAGAGAGAAAAUGGAUGGUCUUAAACGUUUAAUCGCGGUAUGUGGAACACCUGGCUUUGAUUUAUUCGUUUAGAAAAUGGUCCUCGGUGGAGAUUGCCGUGUUCCUACCUAUCCACUUCACAAGUCACUUAACUACAUGUUUAUCACAGAUGAUAUCGAAAGGACGCGAUGUGUCCGAGUUUUUCCCUGACGUCGUCAAAAAUGUAGUAUCGCAAAAUAUCGAAAUUCGAAAGCUUGUUUAUAUAUACCUUUUACGAUAUGCAGAGCAAGAACCCGAUCUUGCGCUAUUAUCCAUCAAUACCUUCCAAAAAGAUCUUGGCGAUAAGAAUCAGAUCAUUAGAGCUAUGGCACUUCGAGUAAUGAGUGGCAUCAGGGUUCCAGUCAUCAGUCCCAUUGUAUUACUGGGUAUUAAGAAAUGUGUUGCGGAUAUGAGCCCCUAUGUACGGAAAACGGCUGCUCAUGCUAUACCAAAGUGUUAUAGUCUGGAUCCAACACAGGAAGAUUCUUUAAUUGAAAUUAUAUCUGGACUAUUGAAGGAUAGGUCAGCUAUCACCAUAGGGAGCACCAUCAUGGCAUUCAACGAAGUGUGCCCCACUCGAUUCGACUUGAUACAUUCUUAUUAUCGAAAACUUUGCAACAUGCUGACCGACCUUGACGAAUGGGGCCAGAUAGCCGUUUUGGAUUUGCUUUUGCGAUAUGGCCGUAAUCAAUUCACAGACCCAAAUCCAAAUGGCAUAAAGGUGCCGAAGGCCGUCACCUCCAGCAAUACCAAAAACGAAUCCUUCUACUCUGACUCAUCCGACGAGGAAUCUACUGAAGAAGUAGAGGAGCAGUCUGAAGAUGAGGUUGAGGAUGUGGAGUUGGAUGAAGAUCACAGUCUUUUGAUUAAAAGCUGCCUGCCGUUACUUCAAAGUCGCAACAGCGGGGUUGUCAUGGCAGUUGCACGCAUUUACUUUCACCUUGCGCCGUCAGAAGAAGCAUCACAAUUGGCCAAGCCUUUGGUCAGAUUGCUUCGAUCUCACAGAGAACUGCAGUAUGUGAUUCUUACAAACAUUGCCACCAUGGCAUGUAGUAGACCAUACCUUUUCCACGGAUAUUUGUCACAGUUUUAUGUUCGAUCUACCGAUUCAGUCUUCAUCAGAAAUACCAAACUAGACAUAUUGACGGCCAUCGUUACCGAGCAAAACAUAAACUCAAUACUAGGGGAACUACAGCAAUAUGUUAAGAGCCCCAACAAGGAUUUUGUUGCAUCAACAAUCCAAGCCAUUGGCAAGUGCGCCAUGACCGUUCCAGAAACUGCAGAUCGCUGUAUGAAAGGAUUGAUGAAACUUUUGAAGAGUACUAAUGAUUUGGUUGUUGCGGAAUCUGUCUCGGUCAUCAAGCGAUUAUUGCAAAUUCGUGGCAAUGAAAACACGCAGUCCAUCAUACGCCUAGCCAAGUUACUCGACAAAACCACAGUACCUGUUGCCCGCGCCAAUAUCUUUUGGCUAGUUGGCCAGUAUACUGAGAACAUAAGUGCAGCGGCACCUGACAUCUUACGCAAAGGCGUUAAGGGAUUCACCGACGAGCAUGAUGUUGUAAAGUAUCAGAUCCUCACCCUUUCCGCUAAACUUACGUGUUUAAACCCGAGCCACGAAACCAUCAGUCUUUUGAAUCAAUACGUUCUUAAUCUUGCACGAUAUGAUCAGAACUACGAUAUCAGAGAUCGUGCUCGUUUACUUAGAAGCCUGACAUUACCUUACAGUGCUCAAGCAGAGAAAUCAGGCAGCAACGACGAUAGCCAUGUAUUAAGCUCACACCUAAAACAAAUCCUACUGUCCGAUAAAGAACCUCCAGUACUGGAGAGUGAUAUGCAAGAUCGAACGGAGUACACUUUAGGAUCUCUUUCAAUGAUGGUAAAACAUAGUCUACCCGGGUAUGAGCCAAUACCGGACUAUCCUCAAGAGCAGCCAGAUCCUUCUGUUCGUGAUGUGGAGGAAGAUUUCUGGAACUCGGUUGGUCAGGCGCGGAUUGUGGAGCAAGGCUUUGGUAGCGAUAGCUUCGAGAGCAGGUAUCGUGAUGGUUCAGGUCGUUCUCCCGCAUCUACAGCAUUUUCCAGUGUGGAAGCCAGGGGUUACAAUGUUGUGCAUUCCCAGACACCCAAAGCGAAAAAGAAUGGCGAAGAUUAUGACUUGGAAGCUUUCUACAAUGACACGAGCGAAGAGGAAGAAGCUCUAUCUUCAGAAGAUAGCGAAGCCACCACCUCCGAGGAGGACAGCGAAGAAGAGGACGAGGAUGAAGAAGAAAGUGAAGAGGAGAGUGAUGAUUUGGACGCCGCUGCUGAAAAGCGGCCACUCAGACGCUAAUGUAUCAAUAAAGUUGCAUAUCAUCUUGACUGCAUAUAUGAUUCAGUUACAAUCCUCUCUAUUGUCAUUUUUGAAUGACGUCAAUUUGCUAACUUGUCGCUCCAUAGUUUAUGAAAGCGCCAUGCAAUGAUGGCGAACAGUGCCAUACAAAUGGCAGUUAGAUACUGCAUGCGAUUAGCUUGUAUAUUUGACUGAGCAUUGUGCAAGAAGGGAAGAUUACGACGAUUCGAUUUCCCUAAUGAGCGGGAGCUUGUAACAUCGACAGGUAGAUGUCGUCUUCUACGCGAAGCUCUGGUGCCUUCCAU